AUGUCUACACAAUAUAUUGUGAAUGCUCAUUACAAAGGAGAAAUUCAGUCAUCUGAUGCUGUUGGGAUUAUUUUUGCAAACACAGAAAUUUGUCGUUUGAAGAUAAGCAGAAAUCCUAAUUUUGAUUACCUGCGGAGUAGGUUGGAAUCAAAGCUGCAAGCUGGUUCGAUUUCUCAAAUUAUUUACCGAAAUGUAAUUUUUUUCGGUAAUGAUAAUGUGAAAUUUGUUCCUCUGAAGGUCCGAGACGACGAUGAUGUCGAAACAAUGUUUGCGAAUCAUGAAAUUACUGGCUUUGAUUACAUUGAUCUCUACAUAAAAUUUCAAAGAGUUGAACAAGAAAAUGCAGCAAUAAUUCCUAAUGAAAAUGUUGAAGAAGACGAUGAUGAAGAAACUGAAGCACAAGUUGAUGAUUUAUUUACCACUCUGUUCGAAACAGAUGCAAUCAAUGAAGAGGAGCAACAAAUUCCAGUUGAAAAUGUGUAUUGUCCACCGCCCCACCUUACAACAUUGCAACUUACUGAAGACCAACCUUCGUUUGCAUGGCCACGGGGUCCCCGUCUUCCGAUGGAGGGUGAGAUAGCUGUGGGUAACCAGUUUAAAACAAAAGCCGAAUGUGUUCGUGCCAUCUCAAAAUAUCAUAUGAAACAAUGUAUUGAUUUCAAGGUGAAUUUUUCUGACAAAAAAAGAUAUGAAAUAUGUUGUAGAAACGCUACAUGCAAGUUUCGACUUUUGGCGUCCUUUCGAAAGAGGAGCGACCUAUGGGAGAUAGGCAUUAUGAACCCACUACAUAGUUGUUCAACAACUAUGUUCAAUCAAGAUCAUAUGCAACUUAGCUCUCAGAUAAUGUGUCAACAUUUAAUGCCCCUUGUUGAUAAGGACCCUUCAACUAAGGUGAGCGUCUGUAUUAGUGAGAUUGUGUCUGAAUUCAAAUUUACUCCGUCGUACAAGAAAACAUGGAUUGCAAGGAAUAAGGCUAUCGAACAGGUAUACGGUAACUGGGAGAACUCAUACAAUGAGCUGCCACACUACUUGUUAGCUCUCAAGAAAUUUGUUCCUGGUACAGUGGUAGAAAUGCAAACACUUCCCGUAUAUACAGAUGACGGAACUGUUGUCAAUGGAAAACAAAUUUUUCAUCGACUUUUCUGGGCAUUCCAACCAAGCAUUAGAGGGUUUGCAUAUUGCAAACCUAUACUUCAGGUUGAUGGUACCUGGUUAUAUGGUAAGUACAAAGGUACUCUACUAAUGGCGGUAGCUCAAGAUGGAAAUAGUAAUAUCUUUCCAGUUGCUUUUGCCCUUGUGGAGGGGGAGACCGCAGAUGGUUGGGGUUUCUUUCUAAAGAACUUGAGAAUGCAUGUAGCCCCUCAGCCUGGCUUGUGUUUGAUUUCAGACAGGCAUGCAUCAAUUGAAAGUGCUUACAAUAAUCCAGAGAAUGGUUGGCAUGAGCCUCCAUCUGUACAUGUCUAUUGUAUCAGACAUAUCGCACAAAAUUUCAUGAGGGAGAUCAAAGACCGUAACCUCCGAAAAAAAGUUAUCAAUAUGGGGUACGCUUUGAACCAACCAACAUUCCACUACUACAGAAAUGAAAUUGGUAUGGCUAAUGGUGAUGCUUUGAGAUGGCUAGACAAUAUUCCAUUGGAAAAGUGGACGAGGGCAUUUGAUGGAGGUCGGCGUUGGGGUCACAUGACAACAAACCUGGUCGAAUCGAUGAACUCGGUAUUCAAAGGGACACGUAAUCUACCUAUUACGGCAUUGGUGCGUGCAACAUACUAUAGGAUGGGAACACUUUUUGCUGAAAGGGGUGCUAAGUGGAGUGCAGUAUUGAGUUCUGGACAAACAUUUACAGAAAGUUGCAUGAAGGUGAUGAAAGAAGAAACGGCAAAAUCCAGCACGCAUCAUGUAAGAAUAUUUGACUAUAACCAUAACACUUUCAGUGUGAAGGAGACAAUGGACCAUGGUGAAGGAAAGCCUAUGGGAGAUUACAAGGUAAACCUAAGAGAUCUUUGGUGUGACUGUGGAAAGUAUCAAGCUUACCAUGUUCCUUGUUCACACGUUAUUGCUGCAUGUUCUGUGGUGCGCCAAGACGCCUAUGCUCUACUGUCCGACGUUUACAGAGUCUCAAACUUAUUCGGUGUUUACAGCACAAGUUUUCAAGUACUACCAUUAGAUGAGUAUUGGCCCUCCUUUGAAGGAGAUCAAAUUUGUCACAACCCAUUGAUGCGGAGGAACAAGAAAGGUCGUCCGGUGAGCUCACGUAUUAGAACAGAAAUGGACAACUAUGAUAAGUUAGAGAGAAAAUGUGCGUUGUGUCGUCUUCCUGGUCACAACCGAACGAAUUGUCCAAAUGUUGGAACCAGUAAUGCAUAG